AUGAAUAAUGUUAAAAGGAAAUUAUUCGAAUUUCAAAAAUAUGUACAAAAUAUUGCUCAUUCUGACAUGACAAUAAAGUUAAUUUCGACAACAACAAAAUUUGCGCAUAUUUUUCACGAUGUACAAAUUGCAAAAAGUUGUUGUAAAUUCAAAAUCUACUUACUCGUUUUUAACAUUUCGUAAAUAUGCAAAGGAAGUGCGAUUUGGACCUGAUGUUAGGUCAUUGAUGUUACAAGGCGUAGAUAUUUUAGCAGAUGCAGUAGCUAUUACAAUGGGACCUAAAGGAAGAAAUGUAAUUUUAGAACAAACUUUUGGUCCACCAAAAAUUACAAAGGAUGGUGUAACUGUUGCGAAGGGUAUAGAAUUGAAAGAUAAAUUCCAAAAUGUUGGUGCUAAGCUCGUUCAAAAUGUUGCAAAUAAAACUAAUGAAGAAGCAGGUGAUGGAACUACAACUGCUACUAUAUUAGCCAGAGCAAUUGCAAGAGAAGGUUUUGACAGCAUUUCGAAGGGUGCUAACCCGAUUGAAAUCAGGAAAGGUAUCAUGUUGGCAGUAGCAACUGUUACCGAACAACUAAAGAAAAUAUCGAAACCCGUUAGAACAUCAGACGAAAUAGAACAAGUUGCCACAAUAUCAGCGAAUGGUGACAAUAGCAUAGGUAAACUUAUUGCAAAUGCUAUGAAUAGAGUUGGCAGAGAUGGUGUUGUAACUGUUAAAGACGGCAAAACAUUAGAGGAUGAGUUGGAAAUAAUAGAUGGUAUGAAAAUAGAGCGUGGUUAUGUUUCUCCUUACUUUAUAAAUUCUAGCAAAGGUCCCAAAGUUGAGUACAAUGAUGCAUUAAUUCUUUUUUCUGAUAAAAAGAUAUUUACUGCUAAUCAAUUAGUCCCGGCAUUAGAAAUAGCAAAUUCUCAAAAAAAGCCUCUAAUAAUUAUAGCUGAAGAUUACGAAGGUGAACCCUUAUCAGUAUUGGUGGUAAAUAAACUAAAAAUUGGAUUACAAGUUGCAGCUAUAAAGGCGCCGGGAUUUGGUGAAUAUAGAAAAAAUACAUUAAUCGAUUUAGCUAUUGCAACUGGGGGUGUAAUUUUUGAAGACAAUGAAAAUCUAAUUCGUUUAGAAGAUUGUCAACUUGAAAGUUUGGGAAAAGUUGGUGAAGUAAUUAUAACAAAAGAUUCGACACUAUUACUGAGAGGGCGAGGAGAUAAAAUAGAAAUAGAACAACGAAUUGAGCAAAUAAGAGCAGAGUUUGAAGAAGAAAAAAGUGAAUUUGAAAAAAAUAGAUUAUUGAAUCGUAUUUCCAGAUUAAAGUGUGGAGUAGCACUUUUACGAAUUGGGGGGUGCAGCGAAGUUGAAGUUAAUGAAAAGAAAGAUCGUGUUAAUGACGCUCUAAAUGCUACGCGGGCAGCAGUUUCAGAAGGAAUAGUGCCAGGAGGUGGUGCUGCCCUUAUACGAUGUAUACCUCUAUUAGAAUGGCUUAAACCAGCUAAUUCUGACCAAGCUGUCGGAAUUGAGAUAGUUAAAAAAGCACUUCGAACACCAUGUUUAACAAUAGCCCGUAACGCUGGUUAUGACGGGGCUGUGGUUGUGUCAAAAGUUGAGAAUUUAAGUUCCGACUAUGGAUACGACGCGUUAAAUAACGAAUACGUUAAUAUGAUUGAAAAAGGUAUUAUAGAUCCAACAAAAGUCGUUCGAAGAGCGCUAACUGAUGCUAGCGGAGUUGCGUCACUAUUAACCACUGCAGAAGCUGUUGUUUGUGAAGUUCCAAGUGAAAAGGGAAGUUCUCCUCAAACUUUAGGGCCCGAUACUCAAGGCGUUACUAUUUAUUAA